AUGGCGGCCAAACAGGUAGCUCUGACGGCAGGUCCACUCUUUUCGACCACCCGCCCACUUCUUCAAGAAUACGUUGUCAUUAUCAAAGACCGACCCAAUACGUCCCGCGCUGGUUUACCGUCCUAUGGUCGCAUUUGUCCCCAGCAGACCCUUAUUGGCGACAUACUUGGCGAUCCAAAAUUGCUAUCUAGGGGUGGCCAUUCCAGCUUCAAUGCACAGGGAACUCUCAUAGCCUGUCGAGCCGAGAGUUCAGAGGCAGUUAGACAAAAUCUUCAACGUCAC